AUGGACCUUCCUUGUUAUUUAUCUCGACGAUACCAACAUCCAUUCACUGUCGUUUGGAAGUCAUUUGGAUCACCUGGAACAAACCUUUCAAAGACUACGAGAAGCAGGACUACGCCUGAAUAUCGACAAGCCAUAUUAUUAUCUGAGACGGAAUACGUUCAGACCCCACCAAAGUGGAAAAAACGCUUUAUUCAAGGAUUUUCUAAUACUGCUGAACCAUUGCAUAAACUAUUGAAGAAAGAUCAACAUUAUGAAUGGAGAAAAGAACAUGAAGAAGUAUUCGAAGAGUUAAAAGAAAGACUCACCCAUGCGCCAAUAUUAUUAUAUCCAGAUUUUAAGAAAAAGUUCAUCCUCGCUACCGACGCAUCAAAACUCGGAUUAG